CCGAGCCACUGCCACCAACACACUUUGCAUUCAGCAGUUAGCAGCGUCCUCCAACACACACACACACACACACACACACACACACACACACACACACACACACACAACACGCACACACACACACACAACACGCACACGCACACACACACACACACAACAUACACACACAGUCAUGAUCACUGACACGCAGUUGAUGCUGACGGCCAACAUCCUUGGCGUCGUCAUCUUUCUUCUUGUCAUUGCAUAUCACUACGUAUCAGCAGUGCAGAAGAAGGAGACUUGAACAGCAAAGUCUAUGUGAAGCGUCGUUUCCAUGCAUGUCUCGUUCUUGUGUUUCUCGUUUCAAUCGCCUUCAGUGCCCCUUCCUCUCUCUGUAUCAACCUCUCUUGAUCUUUCACACCAGCCGACGCUGCUUCAAGUCUUCGUACUUUGUUAUCCCCCUUUCUCGAAGCAGUACACCAACUGUGCGCGUGUGUACAUCGCCGUCCGUGUCUCCCCUAUUUCCCGUGUCGUGGCCAUUUGUUGUUGAUUCCCAUGCUCGCUCUAUCAUCGGGCUGAAUUGCUGUUUGGCGAAUUGUCUCAUCCAACCACCAGUAAACUGCCCACUGCGCGUGUCUGUUUAGUUGGGCCAAACCGACA